AAAGAAAUGAGAGGAGACUCGGUAUUGGAGUAGUUGAGAUGGACAACAAAGAACCACCACAAUUGAAGAGGAAUUAGGAUUGCUACCAUUCAACGCCGACUGAGCUCUCUCUCUCUCUCCAGCACUGACAACUCCAAUUAGAGUCAGAGUCUGCUCCUGAUUGGAGUCGGAGUCCGAGCCUAACUUUGACUCUGACUUUUGUCGAAGUCAAAGCUUGGAGUUGGACUUUUUACCCCGUCGGAGUCGGAGCCUAGCCCUACAUAUUGAUUGAUAAGGGUGAAGUGAAUAGGUGUAUUUAUGACGAUGAAACACCGGCUUUCCAUCUUCCAAAUCAAGAGCGUCUGAAGCAAAACAUCGCAAUAAUACCUCCGCACCCCUUUCUCCCAUCCUCCGGAGCUCUUUGGAUUUGGAGGCGGGCAAUUUUCAUUUCCUGCAUAUUUCUGGUGAGAUAUAAGCAGAGCAAUGAGUAAACAUCAACUGGAACUUGGGAGGCCUGCUUCAGGUAAGAGAAGACUAAAAGAUUUAUUGCUUCAAAAAGAUAAUCGCUUUUGUGCUGAUUGUGGUGCCCCAGAUCCUAAAUGGGCGUCAGCAAAUAUUGGAGUUUUUAUAUGCUUGAAAUGCUGUGGUGUACACAGGAGCCUUGGUACCCAUAUAUCUAAGGUUUUGUCUGUGACAUUGGAUGAUUGGUCUGGUGAUGAAAUUGAUGCCAUGGUUGAAGUUGGAGGAAAUUCUUCUGCUAAUGCAAUAUAUGAGGCUUUUAUACCUGAAGGAUAUGCAAAGCCUGGACCAGAUGCCAGUCAUGAUGAGCGUGCACAAUUCAUCCGGGCUAAGUAUGAGCUUCAAGAGUUUUUGAAACCUAGCCUGCGGAUUGUGUCACUUCAGUCUGGAAAAAGUUCUCUUCAGUCAAGUUCUUCUAGAAAGAUUGUGGACAGUUUUCAAUCAAAUUCUUCUCACCAUUCGGAAGGCAUGGUAGAAUUUAUUGGACUAUUGAAGGUUAAAGUUAUAAAAGGUACAAAUUUAGCUAUCAGAGAUAUGAUGUCAAGUGAUCCAUAUGUAGUCUUGACUCUUGGGCAGCAGACUAUUCGGACUACUACAAUCAAGAGCAACUUGAAUCCAGUCUGGAAUGAGGAACUAAUGCUGUCUGUUCCUCAUCAUUAUGGGCCCUUGAAGUUGCAAGUAUUUGAUCACGACGCAUUUUCAUCUGAUGAUAUUAUGGGAGAAGCAGAGGUUGAUCUCCAGCCCUUGAUACAAUCUGCAAUGGCAUUUGGAGAUGCAGGGAUGUUUGGAAACAUGCAGAUUGGGAAAUGGCUGAAAUCGCAUGACAAUGCCCUGGUAAAUGAUAGCACUGUCAAUAUUGUUGAUGGCAGGGUGAAACAGGAGAUGUCCCUCAAACUACAGAAUGUGGAAUCUGGAGAACUAGAUCUAGAAUUAGAGUGGAUGCCACUUGAUCAAUAGACAUAUUUUUCUUGUUCCUUCCCAAUGCUUCUAAUAAAAACUUAUAACAUUGAUUUACUCA